GACUUCACCGUGUACAGGCUUCCGGAUUCUCGGGUGUUUCUGCAACGUCAGUCAUCAGUCAUGUGUGGAAAGGGAGAUUACGUGGUGCUGAAGUUAGGUCGCUAGCUGGCUAGCUAACUCGCUGUAAACAUUUGAAAGCGGAUACAUCCAGCAGCAGUUUCGAGUCACAUACCCAAGGAAUUUGUUGACACCGAUCAUAUUUGAUAAUACAAUGGAUAGCGGCAUUCUGACAGUGUGUCGUGGCUCAUAUGCGCAAUAAGACACGUUGCAAAGAUGAACCGACCAUUAGCUGUGAGCAAAGUCUGCUCUGAAGGACUUGGGAGCCCGAAGGCACGUUAAUGUGAGAGGAUUACACACGGACACAUCAUACAUCAACCCGCCAAGUAGAGUUGCCCCGAAGAGAUGUUCGCUAAACUCAAGAAGAAGAUAGCCGAGGAGGCAGCCACAGCCCCGCGAUCAGGCGGGAGGAUGCCCCGCUCUAUGAGCAAGGAGUCCAUCACCUCUGUGGGGGCAGACUCGGGAGACGACUUUGCCUCUGAUGGCAGCAGUUCCAGGGAUGACCUUCCAUCACAGAUCCUGCGCAAGAAUGAUCACAUUCGCAAGCUUGAGGCCAAACUUGCAGACUAUGCAGAGCAGCUUCGGCUGUUGCAGAAGACCAAGGAGAAGCUUGAGAUUGCAUUAGAAACACACCAGGAUUCCUCCAUGAGGAAACUGCAGGACCAGAAUGAGUCCUAUCAAACCAACAGAGCCAAAAUGGCCGAGGGCAUGGCUCUGGCCCUGGAGAAGAAAGACCAGGAGUGGAUGGAAAAGAUGGCAGUGUUAGACCAGGAGAAGGCCACUCUCUCUGCGCGUCUGGCCGAGAUGACGGAGCAGAGCCUGAGCCUGUUUCAGAAGAGGGACGAUCUGGACGAGCUGGAGGGCUUCCAGCAGCAGGAACUGGCCAAAGUCAAACACAUGUUGCUGAAGCGAGAGGAGCAGUUGGGCCAGCAGGAGCGGAACCUCGAGCAGAAGGAGGGGGAGCUCCAGACGGCCACGCAGGCUUUGGCCGAAGCCCAGGGCAGGCUGCACGAGCUGGAGCAGGAGCAUACAGAAAGCGGGAGGCUCAACACUGAGCUGAAGGCCGAGAGGGAGGAACUGCUUCUGGUCCGAGAGGAGAUGGAGCUUAAGGUCUCACAGCUGGAGACCAAAGAGCAGCAACUGCAGCAGCUCAUCCAGCAGGUCUCUGAGGACUUCCAACAGUCUCAGCAGACAACCCUGUCCCUGGAGAAGUCUCUGGCUGAUCUGCAGAAGGAACACGAGGAGCUGAAACUGCAGCAAGAGCAGCACAGGCAGAAGACCCUGGUUGAGGAGGAGGAGAGGGAGCGUGUGCUGGGGAAUCUGCAGGAGAAGGCCAGCUCUCUGCAGAGACGCCUAGAGAGUGACCUGUCUCAGGACGAGCACCUGCAGGAGCUGCUCAAGGAGAAAUCGUUACUGGAGCAGAGGGUGGAGGAGGCGCGGGGGGAGCUGCUACAGGAGAGGACCUCACGCUCCAGCACAGUCAGCUCACAGGAGGCCCAGAUCUCCAGGUUAAACAGUAACGUUACUGAGCUGCAAACACUUCUCAGACACAAAGACGACUCAAAUAAGGCCUACAGGGAGAGAACAGACGAACAGAUUGGCGCUCUGGAGCAGCAGGUCGAAAAUUUCAGUCAGAAGCUGAGGAGUGCAGAGCUGCUACUGGCCGAGAGUGAAGCACACACACAGACUCUGCAGGCGGACUGGAGUGAGGAGCGUGAGCGGCUGCAGCAGCAGGUGGCCACUCAGAGGCAGCGGGGACUGGAGCGCUGCGCUCGACUGGAGGAGCAGCUCGCCGCACUGCGGACGCAGACAGACACCGAGCACGCGACAGCACAGGAGGCCAAGAGAGAGCUGGAGGAACAGAAGGCAGAGCUGCAGAGGCGGCAUGAGGAGGUCGAGAGCUCACUACACACACGCACUCAGGAGCUGGAACAGGCCAGGGCGGAUAUGAGUAGCCGUCAGACAGUAAAUGUGGAGAUUGCCAAAGCGCUGGAGGACACCAGGAAACAAAAGGAGGAGCUACAACUCCAGGUGGGUGAGUUGACGGCCUCCCAGCAGACUCUACAGCAGGAGGUCUCUCAGCUCUCUGGGCAGCUGGCAGCGAAGGAGGCAGAAAUCCAGGACCUUAAGGAAGCUCUGAAUGCUGCCCAUGCUGAGACGGAGCAGAUGAGAGCUCAGGCGGCAGAGAGGGACCAGGAACACGAGGCCCAACUGGCCGCUUUCAGACAGGAAGUGAUCUCACAGACGGAGCAGCUCGACUCCUGCCAGUCAAGGGUAUCUGACCUGCAGGGGGAGCUGGAGAGCAUGAGUGUGCAGCUGCAGGGCCCAGAGGUCGGCGAGGGAGAGCAAAAUGGUACAGUUACUGUGGAUGACCUCGACCAGCUGCAGAAGAUCAACAAGGACCUGGAACAGCAGCUUGGUGACAAGAACAAGACCAUAAAACAGCUCCAGCAGAGGUUGGCUGAACUGAAGAGGACCUUACAGAAAGAGCUUAAACUGAAGCCAGACACUGAGACCGAUGGCAAAGAGAAGGUCCUGGAAGGCCGGGACAGGCUGGAGAGGCAGAUGGACAGACCCAGCACAGAGGCCUCUGGCUCAGCCAUGGCUCCCACUCUAGCCCCAGGCCCCAGCUAUGCCUCUGGGUCAUCGGGCACCACUGUUAUCAACAGCUCUGACCUAACGGACUCGCGGGAGAUCAACUUCGAGUACCUCAAACACGUGGUGCUCAAGUUCAUGUCCUGCAGAGAGGCAGAGGCGUUCCACCUUAUAAGGGCUGUGUCAGUCCUGCUGCAUUUCAGUCCAGAGGAAGAGGCCAUGCUGAAACAGACACUUGAAUACAAGAUGUCAUGGUUUGGCUCCAAGCCCUCUCCCAAAGGCACCAUCCGCCCUUCCAUCUCCGCAUCCUCCAACUCCGCAUCCAUCAUGUCCGCAUCCCCCAACCACUGGAGCUGAGAUGAAGAGAGAGCAGUCAGGAGGACGAUGGAGGGAUGGAGGGAUACAGGGAUACAGGGACAGAGACAAGGAUGGAUGAACGGAGAGUUUCCCCUUGCAGCUUUAUAAGUCUGGCAUCUGCCCUGUGGGGUCUUCUGAGUGUUUGUUGAACACCUCUGAAAGACUGGCCAACCUGUUGUCCUAACUUCUUUUUUUUCCUUUGUUUUUUUUUUGGUUUGUUUCUUAAUUACAUCUAAGAAGAGAGGAGAAAGCGGAGACCCGCCAGAUCUACCAGAACACUAAACCUUUUCUGUUAUUUAUUUUGAUUUAAUUUGCGGUGAUUUCGUUGGGAGUAAAUGCAAUCAGGUGUAAGCCGGCUCACCUGCCUGAUGCAGAGGCCCUUCUUAGUUUUGCCUUCAUUUCAAGAUUUUUUUUAUUCUCUCUUCCUAAUAUUUCCCGUCUGCUAUACGCUCUCCGCUUCGGUCCUGCAUUUGCUGCUUCUGGGGUGCGGAAUUGCCUUGAAGACUGCCUUUCUCAGGACCCUGGGGUUCAAAGGCACACACACACACACACACCACAUGGGAACUAAAAAAACUCAACAUGGGCAGAGAACCUUCUUUUUUCCUCAACCAGGAGCGAGUGUCUAGCCUACCCUUGGAAACUAACAUCCUAUUUUGGCCGGCCUUUGUGUAUCUGUACAUAACAAUACAUUCCAUAUGACUAUUUAUAUAUGAAUGAGUGUAUAUAAACGUCAGAGAGAAUGAUUUAUAAAUCACUAGAUGUAUAUGGUUUUUUUUUGUUCCCCCUAUUGCCUAUGUCUGGUCUGUAAAUGCAGUAUUUUACAUCAUGUGUCUGUAUAGAGGGGUGUGUGUGUGUGUGUGUGUGUGUGUG